AUGUUUAUGCAGUUGUGCCUCUUUGAAAAUCGGACCUACUCUCGCAAGAGCCAAAUGUCGUUGUCCAGUCCAAAUGACACAGUAGUCUAUCACUUCAGCUGCGCUCGGCGAGUGCCAGAGCCAGACUUCAUAAAGAAGUCGACCACCUUCUCGGAGGCUGGGAGAAGGUCGCGGUGCGUUUGGCACAUGACCAGCGCCUCCAAACGUUCCUCCCCCAUUGUCGCCCGGACCUCGGUCAAUGUCCUGGUGACCUUGCUGAAGGUCCGCUCGGCCUCCGCAGCGGACACCGGCACUCAUCACGGGAUCGCCAAUGCUCGGCCACAAGGCCCGGUCGCCUCCACCACCACAUGCCCCUCGCGCUCGGGCUGGUGGCCAGCGAGCACAUGCCCUACAGCUCUCCAGCCAGUACCUCAGCCUCGUCUCACACCUGGAGGCCCUAACGAGCUCAUCCGCCGCCGCUGCUGCUGCGUCCGGCGGCUCCUCGUCUGCCGCCACAACCGCCGCGACGUCAUCCACAAGCACCACGUCAGCUUCCCGCACGAUCGACCGAGGCACAGACCCCAUAGAACUCGGGGCAGCGCGGCGCGGCAGAUGACCGAGGAACGCAGAGGUACCGGCGGAGGAGGCGGCGGCAGUGUUGGCAGCGGCGGGAAUGGUGGCGGCAGCAGCAGUCAGGGGCCGCAGGACUCCACCAACACAAGCGACCCACCCAGGCCAUCCUCAGCCUUAUGGGGCGGGGGCGGCCUCGGGGGGGACACGGACGGCGGCGGAGCAGGGGCGGGGGAGGGCGAGGAGCGGGUGGAGGAGUCAUCCAGCUUGGGGGCGGCUCGAUCGCUGCGCCAGAUGGUGAGUGACGACAGCGCCUCCUCCUCAAGCCUAGACUCGUCCUCCUCAGCGACCUCUGGGGCUAGCCGAGCCUCGGAACGCAACACCCGACUCUCGCUCCUGUGGACGUCUCGGCUCCAUCGUCUGGGGCAAGAUUCCGACGGGGUGGCGACCGAUGCGACUCCUAACCCAUGGGAGCCCCGACCUGACCCCGCCCCCAGGCCCCCAGGGUGAUGACGAACGUGGGGGUAAUGAAGAGGAGGCUAGUACUGGGGUGUCAACGUCCACCCCGUCGCCGCUGUCCGGGGCACGGGGCGAACGGUCAAGCCUCCAUUGGGGUUACUACUUCCAUCUAUCCGACCGCCCUGGGAUUCACGGCAGGCGACCAGGGCGGGUCAACUGGGCAGAGAGAGUGCGGGGCCGCCGGAAGAUGCCCCGAGUCAGGCGAACGGAGCGGGGGCGGGGCCGGGGGUGGAGUCCAGGGAUGCUGUUGAUGAUCCGAGUGAUGCGACACAGCCCCCUCUGCCCCCCGGUCCUCCUCCUCUUCCACCUCUUCCACCUCUCCCUCCAGCCCCUCCACUGUCCCCUGUACCUCUUCUCCCCUCGCCUCCACUUCCUCCUCUCCCGCCUCUUCCGCCCUAUGAUCCACCGCUGCCCCCUCCCGCUCUGCCUUCUGAUCCACCCACCGAUCCACCAUUCUCGAGACUUUCCACCCAUGCCGAGCUGCCUGAUCUCUAUCCUACGCUGCCGCCGUCACCGCUCAGCUCCCUAGCGGAUCUCUCGGCUGCUCCACAUCCACAUCCACCGUCGGAACUCGC